AUGGAGAAUUUUCUCAAUAGACCACCGGUGGGAGACACUUCAAGAGGCAUCAGCAGUGAAGGGUCUCUGAAGUUAGACACUUUAAGAGACAACAGUGGAAAGGACUCUGAAGUUAGACACUUUAAGGACAACAGUGAAGGGACUCUGAAGUUAGACACUUUAAGAGACAACAGUAAAGGGUCUCUGAAGUUCGACACUUUAAGAGACAACAGUGAAGGGACUCUGAAGUUAGACACUUCAAGAGACAACAGUGAAGGGACUCUGAAGUUAGACACUUCAAGAGACAACAGUGAAGGGACUCUGAAGUUAGACACUUCAAGAGACAACAGUGAAGGGACUCUGAAGUUAGACACUUUAAGAGACAACAGUGAAGGGACUCUGAAGUUAGACACUUCAAGAGACAACAGUGAAGGGACUCUGAAGUUAGACACUUCAAGAGACAACAGUAAAGGGUCUCAGAAGGGAAACACUCCACCUUGA